UUAAAUUUAAACAAAAGAAUAUCAAUCCGGCAGCCAUUUAUGAAAGUGGUCAAUUACUAUAAGUUACGAACGCUUUGAUGGAAAAAUUCUUCGUUUCACAGCGCGCUAUUUCAAGAUUGUUGGAUUUGAAAGAAAGCUCUACCAGUUGCACAGUAUAUGGAAAAGAUGAAUUUUAUGGAGCAAGCAGUUGGCCCAUCCACAACUUAUGGCGCGAAUCUCUUGUUCAGUAAACAUAUGGAACUGUUACGUAGCGGUGCUCACUGUGGGCCAAGGUGACGUCCAUACACUUACAACAGAGUUUAACUUCGUCGUCUUUUCAAAUUGGUGUUUCAAAAUUUUUUUUUGUUUGGAUGAAUGGGGAUUACAGAGCAUUAUUAACUGAAGAGGACAUAAAUGAAACUACAUGUAUAUGGCCAGAUAUAAAUGAGCUCUGUCGUCGCAAGGCAAGUAUCGAGGGUGUAAACAUAGUCACACCGUUCACUGGUCUGCAUAAGCUCAAAAGUGAAGUUAAAUAAAGAAGAAAAGUUUCAAGAAAAAUGAGGAAAAUGAGGACCAGCCGGCAUAUUUCACACACCUUGACACAUUAAAACACUCGGUUGAUUCAUUCACAUGUUGGACAAUACAAAGACCCACUACAAACUCGGUGUCGAAAUGUAGCGCUAACACUCAUCGAUUUGAAAUUAACAACAUAUUUUUGCGAAGUCUCGAUCCUAAUAGCAACAGAUCUUAGAGUAACUUAAUUUUAUCUAGAUGUACAAAAAUAAAACGUACCAAAAAUGUCAAUUCGAUGCGGAGAAAACCCGAAACUUAACAAAAGCGAUCUCGAUGGGAACAGAUCUUAAACUAAUUUCAUUUUGUGUACAUUGACAAGAACAAAUCGAUCAAAGAUGACAAUUCGUUUCGCAGAACACUCAAGAAAGACGAAAUACUUCCGUCAAGAUGUCGAAUUACGUCUUGCAUUCAGAAUAAAUUAAAUCUAUCUCACAGAUUAAAGUAAAUAUAAAUGUACAUCGAAUAAAGGAUUACUUAAAAUUAAAAAUCUACUACUGAGGUAUUGGGUAAAUAUACGAACACAGCUUAGAUCGGGAAGAUGGCUACGAGAGCUGCUUUGGUUCACUUGUUUACAUCUACAUUUGCUUUAGUUGUGCUAGGAGAAUCGUUACAAUCAAUGCACUGGAAACGUCAGAACGAUAGCUUACACUUUGAUGGAGCAGUAUUACUCCGGCGUAAUUUUGCAUUGAAAAGGGACAUCUUAAGAACAGUGGAAACUUUGGGGGAAGUUUACUGUGCCUUUGCCUGUUUGUCUGAAAGUGACUGCAUCGCACAAACGUACUGCACCGAGCCGUGGCAGAAAUUCAAGGGAACAUGCUAUCUGCAUAAAAGAGGAAUCAAAGACGAGCUGGCUGAAGACGUUUUAGUAAUAAGCGGUGGAUGUACUUACCAACAAUACAUAGAUUUUCAAACGCCUUGCUCAAACAAAUGCCAUAAUGGUCAGAGGUGUAGCUAUGACUUUGAUAACAGACGAUAUGCUUGCCUCUGUGAGAUGCCAUACACUGGAAUGUAUUGCGAGAAGUCUCGAGCAAUGGAAUUCCUUUUCACUUCUCUUGGUGCCCAAGGCAACACUGGGCCGACAUCAACAGCUGGUUACAAACACACACCUCUACAAGGGACAGUAACACUCAACAAAGGAAUACAGAUCUGGACUGUUCCAUUUACCGCGCGAUAUUGUGUCACUGUGGUAGGGGCAUCAGGAGGGAACGGACUUGAACCAGGUGGGAAAGGUGCAAUUGUGAGUGGAAUUGUAAGACUUAUCAAGGGUACUGUCCUUCACCUUUUGAUUGGUCAGAAAGGUGUGAAAGGAUCUUCUGCAGCAGGAGGGGGUGGAGGUACAUUUGUAGUUUUCAGUAAUAACACCCUUAUAGCGGCAGCUGGCGGUGGGGGUGGUGGAGGGGGUCAGAUAACAUCAAAGGUAGGCGACGAUGGCCAAAAAGGAAGAAAGGGAAGCAAUUACGGAGGCGUCAAUGGUCUGGGUGGGAAAGUGUGUGCUAACGAGUCCAACAAUGCAGGUGGAGGCGGUGGGUUUAGAGGAGAUGGGAAAUGCUCCCUCAACAUAACAUGCGUUUCUCCUCGAUCAUGCAAGGAGGCUGGGAUGUCAUAUUUGAAUGGUGGCGUGGGGGGGGAAGGAAAUGGAAAUGGGGGAUUCGGUGGGGGUGGGGCGGCAUUUAAGGAUUUUGCAGGAGGAGGAGGUGGGUAUUCUGGAGGGGGAGUGCAUGCCACAUCGUUUGCUUCACGGACAGGAGGGGGUGGAUCCUUUGAUGACGGUGUGCCCGUGUCAAGUAGUGGAGUUUCACAUAAUAGUGCCGACGGAUACGUGUCCUUUAGAUACCCCUAA